AUGGCGGCGGGUGCCGGGGCCCUCGCACCCUUCCCCGGGCCCCCCGCCUCCCUGCACGAAUUCCCUUAUCCCCCCCAAAAUAGAUCCCGCGUCGUACGGGGUUCCCCGACCGGGGGGGUACCGCCGGCUAUCGAUUUGGUGCUGGGAGCGACGGCCGGUUGCUUGGCCUGCGUCCUCACCAACCCGCUGGAGGUGGUCAAGACGCGGCUACAACUACAGGGCGAAUCAGCCCCCGGCACCUACCCCCGGCACUACCGGGGGGUGCUACGGGCGGUGGGGGCCGUGUGCCGGGCCGAUGGGUUGCGGGGGCUGCAGAAAGGCCUGGCCGCCGGCCUCCUCUAUCAGGGGCUGAUGAACGGCGUCCGGUUUUAUUGUUAUUCCCGUGCCGAGGACGCCGGCUGGACCGGGUAUCCCGGUGGUACCGUGGCCGCCGGGGCCGUGGCCGGGGCGGUGGGAGCCUUCGUGGGCAGCCCCGCGUACCUGGUCAAGACCCACCUCCAAGCCCAGACGUUGGCGGCCGUGGCCGUGGGCCACCAGCACAACCACGAGAGCAUCUCCGGAGCUUUCGAGAGCAUCUACAAGCAGCACGGGGUGGCGGGGCUGUGGCGAGGGGUGACAGGCGCCGUGCCCCGCGUGGCGGUGGGCUCAGCGGCGCAGCUCGCCACCUUCACCUCCGCCAAGGACUGGGUCUGCGAGCGCCAGUGGUUCGGGGAGGGCAGCUGGGCCGCGGUGCUGGCGGGGGGCAUGGUGAGCGGCGUGGCCGUGGCGGCGACGAUGACGCCUUUCGACGUGGUCAGCACCCGUCUCUACAACCAGCCAGUGGACGCCGACGGCACGGGCAAGCUCUACCGGGGUUUUUUGGAUUGCAUCCUGCAAAUCUCCAGCAAAGAGGGGCUGCUGGGCUUGUACAAGGGCAUCGGCGCCGUCUACCUCCGCCUCGGCCCCCACACCGUCCUCAGCCUCUUCUUUUGGGACGAGCUCAGGAAGAUGGUGCAGCACCAGCAGCCCCCGGGGCCGUAGGACAGGCUCCCGGCCCCACCGCGGCCGUUAAUAAAGGGGUUUUUCUA